CAUGGGUUUGGGGAUGACGAGAUGAAUAGCAGCGGCUCAGAGUCCUCACCUGCCGUCGCGGCCGCAGCGGCAGCGUCUUCCUCCUCGAACCACAGCAGCAACUCAGUGCCGCGAGGGCUGUCGGCGUCAUCGAAAUGGGCCAAGAUCAUGACGCUGCAGGAGGCCAUGGGAGACCAGGGAGAGGGCACCAUGACGCUCAAGGCCACCACCAACGGCAGACCCAGACUCUUCUACUUUCAUGCACGGUGAGGCUCAUCGAUUGGGCGCGGGUUUGUGAUUGUGAGUCUGUUUCGUGCGUGUGUAUGUGUAUGUGUGUGUGUCAGGGGCCGUGCCGAGAUCAUUCGGCUGAUAUUCGCACAGGCCGAGGUGGAGUAUGACGACGUCAGAUUCAGAGAGCCUCCCCAUGCGAUGGAGGACUUCGAGCGCCUGAAGGGGGAGGGAGAGCUGCCAUUCGACCAAGUGCCCAUUCUCGAAGUCGACGGUGCGUGUGUGGGAGGGAGGGAGGGCGAUUAUUUAUUGGUGGGUGGUGCAUUCAUUCAGGUAUGGUGUUGGCGCAGAGCCAGGCCAUCGUCAGAUACAUCGCCAGAAAGCACGGUGAGGGAUGGCUGGCUGGCUGCAUGAUUUGGUGGGUGCAUGCGUCGACGCAUCCAGACAUACAGAGUGUGUGGCCACUCAUCCAUCAGUCCCAUCGAUUUGUAUUGUUGGACAGGUUUGAUGGGCGGGACCGAACUCGACAACGCAUUCGCAGGUCAGACGGACAGAGACAGACAGACAGACAGACAGCGGCCAGUUCGCUGCAAGCAUCUUCGUUCCAUUUCGAACAGACAUGGUUGCGUGCGGCACCGAGGACCUGAGGUAGAAUGAUGUCUGGCGGACUUGUAUCAGUAUGUGAGUGUGCUCCGUUGUGUCACGCUCAGGCAGAAGUUCACUCAGAUGAUCUUCGCCAAGACAGAACAGGUGCGUGAGAGGUGGCGCAUGCCCCGUGAGAGGCCGAUCUAUUCAUUGGUAUGCGCGUGUGUGUCAGGAGCGGGAGCAGCAGCUGCAGACCUUCUCCAAAGAGGUGCUGCCGAGAUGGGCGCGGUACUUCGAAAAGUAGGCUUGCACUCCGCCUUCAGAUCCAGUGAAGCGAACAUUAUUCCGGCUGUGUCUGUCUUUCUUUCUUGCCUGCAGUUUGCUGUGUCAGCGUGGCGGUGACUGGUUUCUGGGCAGUCGGCUGACCUAUGCUGACCUGGCCGUGUACGACAUGAUGUCGACGAUCACAUGGUCGGUCGGUCGGGCAUGCACAGACAGACAGACAGAGCGACCACACCGUCUGUGUGCGUGAAUUUUUCUGUUGUUGAAGGCGUCUGCCUGAGGCGUUUGGUCCCUUCGAGAGUCUGCGCGCACACGGAGGUGCAUCUAGCACGUCACCAGCACUGCAGCCAUGCGUUGACCGGGGCGUUGGACUUGGUAUGUGUGUGAUUGCGUUCAGCUCGAGUUGAGAAGCUGCCCAACAUAGCCCAUUGGCUGCAGACAAGACCCGACAACCCACUGUGACGCACCCAGCCACCCAGCCACCGACGGAGAUGACAACAGCCGCACUGCGUGCGGGUGGGUGAGGGAAUGAGUGAGGAAAUGGCGGAGGUUUUGUUUGUAGUGUGUGCCGUGCGUGGAUGGAUGGAUGGAUGGGUGUGCGGAUGUACGAGAGCAUUUGGCUGCAUGGCGACAGGCCAGCCAGCGGUGCGGUGCCGUGAGCUGUGGUGAGUUUUGCCCUGUACAUGUAUGGGGUGGUGGGGGUGGUGGUUGGAAUGCUUGAUUGGCGACUGUCUGUCUGUCUGAACAAUGCGACACCACUCAGGACACAAGCCACUCAGGACACAAGCCUGUGUGCUGGAUGCUGAUUCGAUGGGACAUACAUGCAAGAUUGCAGCUUGUUCCUUCGUUUCUGUACACCUGGUUGACGGAGAG